CUCCGGUCUGUAACCCAAGCUAAUUCCCCCAGAUAACUCAUUAUAAGAAUUUUUUUUUUGCGACAUUACUUUUUAAAAAACCUGUUUUAAAAUAUUCAAAUGUCUGCUAUAUCCAAAUACAAAGGAAAAGUGUUUGACACUUUAGAAUCUUCAUUACCAAGACGCUCCAUUUUUGUGAACAAGCCUAUUGAGGAAUGGUCUUUCAAAAAUUAUGUAAAGCACCAUCCACGAGCUGACCCAGCUACUAUUUUGGCAAAUAUGAAAAAAGAUCUUGACUGGUUAGCAUUAUGUGACCUUCCCAUGGACGUCAAGCGUCAUGUAGGAACACUAAUUAAAGAAUCAACGAAAAUAUUCAUUGACGAUGUAAAGAAGUGGUUACAGUCAAACUCCAGCAGUUCUAGUACCAGUAUCACGUUAAGUGGUCCUGUUGAUAUAUUCACUGGAAACAGCCACAAUAUUAUUCAUAAAUAUAAAACAAGCUCAAAAAGAGUGGCAAGUAGUAGUAAGAAGAGUAACAAGAAAGCACGUUUCAAAGAAGAAAAACCAAAGGAUCGGUCUAUUAAUAAUGAUAAUAAUGAUGAUCGUGGAGCGCAGUGAUGAUGAUUCUCUAUUCAACGAUCAAGAGGAAGAGCGAGAAAACAUAAAUGAAACUGAAGAGCAUGGUGGAUCUGUGGUUGGCUCCAAAACGAAAGAUUUUUUUGAUAUUG